AUGGAUCUCGUUCUCGACAUCGCCGACAACCUCAUCCUGGACAAGGUCUGGGCCACCGUCUGGCCGGCGCUGCCACGGUCCGUCGCCAAGAACCCGGAGCUGCUCUCGGCCGUCGCGCGGGGGGGCCACUCCGCGCCCGCAGGCGUCCUCUCGAACCUGACCAACGGCAUCGCCGGCUGGUCAUCCGCACUCACAGGCAGCGCCGCCGCCGUCACGACACAAUCGGUCAACUCGGCGACGCGGUCAACAGCGGCCAAGGCCUUUGACGCUGCGGCAAAUGUGGCGUCCGAGGUGGACUGGGAGGCGCUGCGCAACUCGAGCGCGUUGCCGCGCGACAGCAUCAUCCGCCAGUUCAUCUCGCUCCUCGUCAUCACCUACAUUGGCAUCGUGUUCCUCUACUUCACCUUUGCCGGGCUCUCGUUUAAGUACCUGUUCAACAAGGACAUGAUGAAGCACCCGCGCUUCAUCAAGAACCAGGUCCGCCUCGAGAUUGAGUCGUCGAUCCGUGCCUUUCUGCCCCUCGACCUGAUGACGGUGCCGUGGUUCGUGCUCGAGGUGCGCGGCCACAGCAAGCUCUACAACAACAUCGACGACUACGGCAUCGCCUACGCCAUCCUCUCGGUGCCCCUCUUCCUCGUCUUCACCGACGCCGCCAUCUACUGGGUCCACCGCCUCGAGCACCACCCCCGGCUCUACAAGCACAUCCACAAGCCGCACCACAAGUGGCUCGUGCCGACGCCGUUCGCCUCGCACGCCUUCCACCCGCUCGACGGCUACGCCCAGUCGCUGCCCUACCACAUCUUCCCCUUCAUCUUCCCGCUGCACCGGAUGAUUUCCAUCGGCCUGUUUGUGUUUGUCAACCUGUGGUCGAUCCUCAUUCACGACUCGGACAUGAUCUGCAACUCGCCCCUCGAGAAAAUCAUCAACGGGCCCUCGCACCACACGCUCCACCACCUCUUCUUCACCUGCAACUACGGCCAGUACUUUACCGGGUGCGACAGGCUCGGCGGCAGCUACCGGGCGCCGCGGCCCGAGGACGACCCGUUGCUCGCCGUCACGGGCGUCGGGGAAAAGGCCCCGAAGGCGGACAAGGUCGAGAGCAAGAAGUCGCAAUGA